UAACGUGAGCUACACUCAAAUAGCGCAUGAUGAUUACUUGUGACUGACAGUGCGUUCAAGGACUUCAGGAGAUUUUUAUUGGUCGCUAGAUGCGAAAGGUAUUUUUAUCUAAACCUCCUAUUUGAGCCUUACUGGAAGAAUCUCCGUUGGUUUGAUUUCUCAGAAACGAAGCAUACCAAAUCUGUAAUAGUACAGCAAAACAAAUAUGUGACGCACAUGUAAGGCUGAAAGAAAGAAAGAAAACAAUCCACCAAGAAAACGACGGGCUUGCUCUUUCUCGGAUACGUACCUGACUUAACACUGGGUUUCUUUCUUCUUCCAUGUAAUAGGUACGUACAUAACACUGAGCGUUAAAUACAGAUGCAUUGAAAUGUACAACCUGUUUGAGGUCCUGUAAAAAUGAAGAAACAGAACGUGCGGACACUUUCUCUUAUCCUUUGCAUGUUCUCUUACCUGCUGGUCGGCGCCGCGGUUUUUGACGCUUUGGAGUCCGAGACUGAGAGCGCAAGAAGGCGCAUCUUAGAGCAGAAACGCGGCGACAUGAAAAGAAAGUAUCGCUUUUCCGAAGAUGACUAUCGGGAGAUCGAGCGAGUUGUGCUGCAGGCUGAACCUCAUCGCGCAGGCAGACAAUGGAAAUUCGCUGGAUCUUUUUACUUUGCCAUAACAGUCAUCACAACGAUUGGUUAUGGACAUGCGGCACCUGGUACAGACUCUGGUAAGGUCUUCUGCAUGUUCUACGCCGCCUUAGGAAUCCCGCUCACACUGGUGAUGUUCCAGAGUCUAGGUGAGAGGAUGAAUACCUUUGUCCGCUACCUGCUCAGCCGUGUCAAGAGAUGCCUAGGCUUUCGUCACACUGAAGUUUCCAUGGAGAACAUGGUUUUGGUGGGUUUCUUGUCUUGCAUAGGAACUCUAUGUGUUGGUGCUGCAGCGUUCUCACACUUUGAGGGCUGGACAUUCUUCCACGCAUACUACUACUGUUUCAUCACUCUUACCACCAUUGGGUUCGGGGAUCUUGUGGCUCUUCAAAAGAAGGAGGACCUUCAAGAAAAGACACCUUAUGUGGUAUUUAGUUUCAUGUACAUCCUUGUCGGGUUGACAGUCAUUGGAGCUUUCCUCAACUUGGUGGUGUUAAGGUUUCUCACAAUGAACAAUGAGGAUGAGAAGCGGGAUGCCCAGGAGCGGGCCUCGUUAAAGAGGGGUCACAACCUCACAGCCAUGAACGCUGGGCAUAACAGGCACAGCCAUAGCAAUCUCUUUAUGUCCAUGGAGGAGGGCACCAGCUGCACAAAUCUCAUCUUGUCCCCAGCAGACGAGCAUGGUCUGACACUACCUUUGAGCCCAAAUCAAUGUCAAUCCCAGUCACAACUGUAUUUGCUGUGUUCUUAUGUUUGCUGCUGCUUGGGCCACUGUGACAGCACUGUCGCAUCUCAACAAAAGUGUCUUGAUUGCCAAAUGAAUUCUGUUUACUACAACUCUGUUUCAUACAGGAUGAAAGGUGGCUCCUCAACCAGGGACAAUACAGGCCUUUCCUCUCCGUGUAGUACACUUUCUCUCGGGCAGUGCUUCAAAGAGCUGUCACGCUUACGGAGGAAGUCAGUUUAACACCUGUGUAUUUCAGGUGUUUGUUUUAAGUACACAUUACAGAUUUUGUAGCAUUAAUGAGUAAAGGCAAUGUACAAAAGUUCAUAUUUCUUCAAACAAUGUAACACUUUAAAUCCAGCUUUGAAAUAUGUUACAAAGACUGGAGAUACAUUAGGGAAUAAUACAUCACUAAGAUUGUCAUUCACGUCGGCACAAAUGAUGUUCGACUCCGUCAAUCGGAGAUCACAAAAGAUAACAUUAAAGAGGUGUGUGAGCUCGCAAGCAUGAUGUCAGACACUGUAAUAUUCUCUGGCCCCCUCACUGCUUAUCGUGGUGAUGAGAUUUAUAGCAGAUUAUCAUCACUAAAUGGCUGGUUGUCUGAGUGGUGCCUGCAGAAUGAUAUAGUUUUUAUAAAUAACUGGAAGAGUUUUGAGGGCAGACCUGACCUGUUGAAACGAGAUGGUCUCCAUCCCUCCUGGGCUGGGACUUCCAUCCUGUCUAGAAAUAUGGCAAAAAGUCUUAAUGCUAAUGCUAAAACUUGACUCGCUGGGGCCCAGGUCAGGGAGCAGACAGUAUGGCUUAACCAACUGUCUGCUUGCCGUCUCACGUCGCAGAAUACACAAAAUGUACAACAUGUAGUAAUCCGUUCUCCCAAACAUCACAAAAUAGAGACUGUGUCUGUCCCCCGGAUUAGCAAACAUAAAAUAAUGCGUAAACCUCUUGAAAGUAAUUUAAUAAACGUUAAACAAACUAAACAUGAACAAAAUACAGAUAAUCAACUGUUACGACUCGGAUUGCUAAAUAUUAGAUCUCUCUCUAAUAAAGCACUUUUUGUUAACGAUAUGAUAACAGAUCAUAAAAUAGACAUGCUCUGUUUGACAGAAACAUGGCUAAAACCAGAUGAUUAUAUUGCUUUAAAUGAAUCUGUCCCCCAAGAUUAUUAUUAUAAACACGAGCCUCGUCUAAAAGGCAGAGGGGGAGGUGUCGCAGCACUUUACAAUAACUCUCUUAGCAUUUCCCAGAAGUCGAACUCUAAAUAUAAUUCUUUUGAAGUCAUGGUUCUUCAUGUUUCAACACCUAAUACUAAAGAUAAAACACU